AGCGUCGAUCAAGGGUCAUCCUUAUUGAAUCUGAUCAGGAUCAGCUAGACAUAUCGUCGUCUUCGACAUCCAAGACACCGUCUACAAGGUCGAAGCGAACAUGUCAUGGUCUACGCCCAAAUUGCCAGCCUCGGAAUCCCGCAAAGGCCUCCUCUCAUCGCCCAAGACGCUCUUCGGCACCCCGUCCACGGUGAACAAUCAAGGUCAAUCUCCCGAAGUCGAUCAUCAUCACGACCGGAUGGGCAGUUUCGGACUCGGUCAGGGUGACACGGACGAGGCGGGGAGACGGUCCAGUGUGGGGAGGUCGAAGUUUAGCACGUUUGCUAGUACCAAACGAUCGUUCCCGGAUCACGAGAACGAUUAUCCUAGGGAAGAUGAUACAGACCUCGAUAGGGAUCAGGUACUGCAACCUGACUAUGGACGGGCGAAACAUAUCAGCUCGAUGUUCCAGACGAACCCUAUGCUCAACCUGUAUUCGGACGAUCAGGCGAAUGCGACGGCAGCCGGAAGGGCGCCUUUCGAUUCGCCUAGUUCUCCACCGCACGUAUCUGGGGGUAUAGGUCAAACACCUCGACCGGGCGUAGCUACAGGUGCAGGUGGGCUGGGGGAAGAAGACGAGAUCGACCUCCGACCUCCUCCGAGCGUACAUGAUCCUUAUGUCGCUUCCCAGAAAGCUAGCAUGGAACAACUUCGAAGACGGUUAGAGGCCGAAAGGACUGCGGCGGCGACUUCGACUUUACCUCGACAGGGUCCGGAUGGAGAGGUCGAGGUCGAGGUGGAGAUGAACUCGUCGAUCGCCAUGCAGGAACAACUGGCCAAGAUCUUUGAUCUGCAGAUGCAGUUGGCGGAUAUGCAUGGGGCGAUGGAGGGGAUCAACGAAGUCGUGCGGGAUGAGCAUGAGCAUGAGGACGAGGACGAGGAGAAACCGAAGGAUGAGGGGAAAGAGACGGGGAAAAGUCAAGCGCCGGAGCAGAAGGAUUUGAGCAAAUCGCCGAAAGUCUCGGUCGAUUCCCCUAAGAAAAAGGCUGGACAAGCUGCCUUGUCGCCUAAAUCGGCCAGAAAGGAGCUGGGCGGUGACAAGAGCAAGGGAGACGAUAAAGAGGAAUUGGGCGAUGCUGAAGCGGUCGAUCAACCUGGAGUCAAGAGGGAAAAACAGAUCGGGGAUAUCGUCACCAAGCUAUCAGACCUCUCCGCCCUCUUACACCAGUUCCACUCGAUGCCGCAUCCUAACCUCGAUUCCGCCUUCCCUCCAUCACCAGCUUCGGCCAACUCGGGGACUUUCAAGCAGAACUUUAAUGAUUUGCAGGAGGCUACUAAGGCGAGUGGGCGGUCGCAGGCGGGGAGGGUGAGGGAGAGGGCGCAGGGGGCUGCUUAGCCUUUCGGAAUCUCUUUGCCGUCUGGAAAGAGUGGAUCUGGGAAGCGCCUAUGCGAGCGAAGCCUCACUGUGCUGAGGACGCUUCGACGGCCAGAUGAUAGGUCGUCCCGCAUCGC